GCAGAUGAUUAUAUAAGAGAGUUUAGAAAAACAAAUAAACAAAUCCGCGUUGCAGAUAAGCAUGUGCGUUUUCUACAGUUCAUUAGAGAAACGGUUGGUGGAGAUACACCGAUGGUGAAACUGUCGUAUAUGUUUGCUGCACCAGUUCGUAAAAUAGUACCAUUGCAAAGCGAUGAAAGCAUUGAAAUUCACAAAGACAUCCUGCAGCAACUUGUAGAUUCCGAAAUAGAAUUACGAGCCGCAAUAACUACCUUGUUAGGUGUCGAUGUUCCUAAAAGAGGUGUAGUACGUACUGCAAUGAGAAAAAUGGGUUUGGACCCUAAUCUUUCGAGAGACGUAAUCAGUGUAAUGAUUAGAGAAAGGAAAGACCUAUUCCGUACUACUAUAAAUACAAUUAUAUAUGGAGCAUCAAAACCAGGCCAUGAAGAUUUCGGUAAUGUAUACCUAAUGUGUCGGUUAAAAGGUGUACUCAGAAGUAUAUUAGACCCAUAUUCUUUUGUAAAAGAAGCUGAAGUUGUUGGUGAUGAUUGUCGUCUAACUUUUAACAACAAUAUAACAAUCACCAGCAGUGGCAUUAGCAGUGACUCUAUAACCUAUACACCUCAGGACUAUUUAACCUAUAUUGCCUUAGGAAAUAGACAAAUCGAACGGGUGGAAUGUCGUGAUGUGCGUUUGAUACCGGUAAUAAGACAACUUGUUCGCGGAGAUACACCGAUGUUGCAACUGUCGUGUAUGUUUGCUGCACCAAAAUUAACAAGUGAUUUAUUAGUAAACGAGAAUGAGAAUGGUUUAUACGGAGAAAUACUGCGGCAACUUGUACAUUCUCAAGUGGAAUUACAAAUCCAAAUAACUGACUUGUUAGGUGUCGAUGUUCCUGAAAUAGGGGACGUAAAUUUAGACCCGUCUGACCCGUUGGCAGUUGAAAAGGAGAGAAAAACCCUAUUCCGUGAUUCUAUAAAACUAUCUAUCAAUGCUGCAUUAAGACCAGGCCAUGAAGAUUUUGGCGAUUAUAAACUAAUGUGUCGGCUAAAAGGUAUAUACAGAAGUAUAUUAGACCCAGAUUCUUUUGUAAAAGAAGUUGAAGUUGUUGGUGAAGAGUGUCAUCUUAAAGAAAUGAACAAUACUGUACACGUAGUCAGUUGCAUUGGGAAAGCAGUAUGAGACCAAUAAGAAAUACAACAUUAAUAUAGUAAAAAGUAUUCACCUUCUUCUGAAUUAUUAUAAUUUAGGUCAGAAAUCGUACAGUUAACUCAUUAAAGAUUAUACAGUAAUAUUGUUAUUAUAUUUGAAUAAUUGUUCCCAACUACACUU